CAAGUUGAGUCUCGUUCUCCAGCAUCACAAUGUCUGCCCCAGAAACCAAAUUCGCACCUACUCAAUCCUCCUCCGUCCUUGGUGGACAAAUCGUCGGCCGCUCUGAGCGCCAGGCUGUUGCACCCCCCGCUGCCCUCAAGCUCCGUCUUGACCUUAACCUCGAGGUUGAGAUCGCCAUCCAGGCCAAGGUCAACGGUGAUAUCACCUUGUCGCUCUUGCAGUAAAUGCUCUGCG